AUGACAAAAAUUCGACAACGAGAAGUAAUUUUACAUUUUUGGAGUGAGGGGAUACGUGAUGAGAAUGAAAUUCAGCGUCGUACUAAUAUUGGACUCUCCACAAUAUAUUACAAUCUCAAAAAACAGGAAAAACCGGGUGAUGUCACUCGAAAACCAGUCUCAGAUCGUCCAAGAAAAAUUACCGGUACCAUAGCAAAUGUUGUUGGGCAACAAAUUCGAAGGAAUCUUCAAAUAACAAGGAAAGGUUUGGUAGAAAAGUUAGCAGAAAAAG